CUCUACGGUGUCUUUCGAGUUCCCGCAGCAUCAAAAGGUUUAUUUGUACCCUUGCAUCAUUGGCACUGACUGCGCAUGCGUGGUGAUUCGGCGUGGUUCUGUCGCGAAAAGACGCCAGUACUCCAGAAGCGCAGCAUCAAGGAUGACUGAAGAAAGACAAAGCGGACACACGCCUCCUGCCUUUACUAGCCUCAUCGACGAGGCAGUCCCGAGUACAAGCCGUGAAGGCGCCGCGGACGCUUCAUCCAUUUUGGACGUUUACACUACGAUUUCGGACGAGGCCUGGGCUUAUCAAUGGAACCUGCUGAACAGCCCGACUGAGGCCACUUACGUCCAUGAGCGUGCAGACGCGAACGGAAACGGAAGCACCACAUGCUGGCUUCCUUUGUCCAGCAGAGGCGACAAUGAUGCAAACUUCAGCACAAGGCACGCUAGCAUGGAGGAAUCGUCAGCCAUCAUGGAAGACAACGCGAGAAUUCCUAAGGACACCUGGGGUGGCCAACCGAACAAGCAGUACUACCCGGAAGAUGUUACAUCCACCAUCCACGGGCAUACAGGCAUGGACGGAAUAAGAAGCACCGGUUACCGGCCUCCUGUGUCCAGCAGCGGCGGCUAUGACGCAGUGCCCAGCACUAGCCGCGCUGGCAUGGAGGAAGCAUCAGCCAGUUUGGACAACAAUGGAAGGAUUGCUAUUGGCACCUGGGGUGGCCAACAGAACACGCAGUACUACCCGGCUGACGUCACAUAUACCAUGCAUGGGCAUGCAGACAUGGCCGGAAUAAGAAGCACCAGUUACCGGCCCCCUGUGUCCAGCAGUGGCGGCGAUGACACAGUGCCCACUACAAGCCAUGCUGGCAUGGAGGAAGCAACAGCCAGUUUGCAAAACAGUGGAAGGAAUGCUACCGGAACCGAGGAAAGCGAACAGAAAGAGUUAUGCGGUGUCUGCGGCAAGGUUUACACCAGACUGCACGGACAAGCUGCCGAGCACUAUGGCGAUGAAUCCUCCAUUUGUGAAGCAUGUUAUCUACCCUCCGCAAAGAUUAAGAAGAUCGUAAGAAAUUGCCUGAAGAGCACAAAAGAAAAAAUGUACAAAUGCGAAGCAUGCGGCAAAUCAUUCACGCAGUCGUGGUACCUUAAGGCACACCAGCUCACCCACACAGGCAUAAAACCCUACAACUGCGAAACAUGUGGUAAAUCAUUCGCUUGGUUGGGCUAUCUUAAGGUCCACAAACGCACACAUACAGGCGUUACUCCCUACAAAUGCAAAACAUGCGAUAAAUCAUUCAAGCAGUCGUCGAACCUUAACGUACAUCAACGCACGCACACAGGCAUUAAACCCUACAAAUGCGAAACAUGCGGUAAAUCAUUCAAGCAGUUAUCGCACAUUAACAAACAUCAACGCACGCACACGAGCUAGAAACCCCAUGUCUGUCCAAAAUGUAUGAAAUCAUUUCAAGGUGAGUGGUACCUCCAAGAGCAUUUCAACCUGCAUACGGGCGCUAAACUAUUCGAGAGCGAAAUAUGAGUAAGUCUUUUCCGUACAGGUCAAGUCUCAGACGUCAUAGCCUCCACCACGCAGAUGAACCGCCGCAUCAGUGUGCCCACCGCGGCGCUCAUUUCGCAGAGAGAGAAACUGUCGAAGUACAUAUGUGCCAGAUGAUUACGUGUUAUUUGUGUGGGGAUUCCUUUAGAGAUGAGAUUCAACUAGCCACAGAUAUCGUGACGCACAUAGGUGGGCAGCCGUAACAGUUAGACUGGUGCGCACAAUAAGUCAAUCGCCCGCUACUUUUCCACAGAGCCGUGAGUGUGAGCAUGUGCAGGAAAACAACGGAGACAUUCUUGCAUAGCACUGAGCACCAUACGCUACGCAACGCAUGUGGAAACCAGGUUAUUUCGAACAAAAUGGCAAACAGCUUAGUGCAAAGCGCAAUGUAAACGAUGGCAGCUGGGUAUUUCAAAUUACUAGACAAUACGCUUUCGUCGAAAUUAUAUGACAAAAAAUUUUGAAUACCUCGACCAGUGCUCGCUGUUCACAUUACUGCAUUAGUCGUGAGCGUAGCUAUAACAAACUCACACGAAGACA